AUGAAAACUGCUGCCAAAGUUGAUCUGUGCUCAUUAUUGGGAUCCAUUGGAUAUCUACCAAGUAUCUACUGGGCCCUUGCAUGUGCUGGAACACCGGAACAAGACUCCCUCUCCUAUACAUUUUCAAGAGGAAAGACAAUUGACGUUGGGCAAUGGGCAAUGGGCAAUGGGCAAUGGGCAAUGGGCAAUGAGCAAUGA